UGGGGGGGAUGUUUGGGGGUGUCACACACCGGUAAAGGAGCCCUGGGGAUGUGUCACACACCAGUAAAGGAGCACUGGGGAUGUGUCGCACACCAGUAAAGGAGCACUGGGGAUGUGUCACACACCAGUAAAGGAGCACUGGGGGGGAUGUUUGGGGGUGUCACACACCGGUAAAGGAGCCCUGGGGAUGUGUCACACACCAGUAAAGGAGCACUGGGGCUGUGUCGCACACCAGUAAAGGACAGUGUGGGGAUGUGUCGCACACCAGUAAAGGACAGUGUGGGGAUGUGUCGCACACCAGUAAAGGAGCACUGGGGCUGUGUCACACACCAGUAAAGGAGCACUGGGGAUGUGUCGCACACCAGUAAAGGACAGUGUGGGGAUGUGUCGCACACCAGUAAAGGACAGUGGGGCACACUGGGAGCAGUUCCCUUCCCCGCCCGCCAGGCGGCGCUGCGGGGCCCGGCCCGUGCUCUCCGCGCGUGCGCCCAGGGUGGGCAAUCGAGCACCGAAAAGCGGAAGGGGUGCCCUGCCAUCUUGCCCCGGGCACAGCCCCUCCGCCAUGGAUCCGGGCGCGGGGGCGCGGAAGGAGCGGCCGAAGCCGCGGGAGCCGGCGGCUCGCCUGGAGAAGGCCAAGCAGAGGUCGGCACAGCAGGAGCUGAAGCAGCGGCAGCGGGCGGAGAUCUACGCCCUGAACCGGGUGAUGACGGAGCUGGAGCAGCAGCAGUUCGACUCCUUCUGCAAGCAGAUGCAGGGAUCCGGGGAAUGACAGCCAGCCCGGCCUCUGCCCUACCCCCCCUUUUCUAAUCCCCCGGUAUUUAUUAUCAAAUCGCCCUUUUUGUAUCAAUAAAAUCUCUGCUGGUUCUCUGUC